GACGUUUCGGUGCCGCCGCCGCCGCAUCCCGCUUCUGACUCUGUUGGUCCGUUAGUCCACAGAGGGAGAGAGAGAGGGGGGAGGAAAGCCGGGGUGAGGAGGAAAGCGAGUGAAAAGUGGCCGUUACGGGGAGAAGCGCAGCAAUGACCCGGUCCUGACUAAAAUUGAAUGGAUUAGCCAAUCUAUUCUGAGCUCUAAUGAGAUUAGAGAGUCAGCGCAGACAUGGGUCGCGGCGGUGAGGUCUCUUUCCUUGAGCUCCUCGGGGAACGCUUUCCUGCUCAACACGCGCCCCGACGCGGAAACCGCGCUUUUCUGUAGUCAAGAUGCCAGGGGACAGUCGCGGACGUUUGAACGCACGCUCACCUGUGUCGCUUCUGUGGCGCGCGCAUUCCUAGAAGUAGUAGAAGAAGAAGUACAGGUGGCGGCGACGGCGCGGAAGGACGACACGAUGAAGUACCAGAAAUACAUCACGGUGAUGCAGAUGGCCAUGGGGGUGACGGCGUCCAACAAAGACUGCCUGCCCGCGAAGCGGCAACUGUGGGUCACUCCUCCAGACGGCGACGCGUCCCCUUCAGGGGCCCCCGGGGGUUCGGACGGGCUCCUUGGUGCUACGGGCGGCGCUGGUGCUACGGCGAUGCCUGCCGCCUCCACCCUCUCGCUGCCCAUCAGCCAGGGCAAACCGUCUCUGCGCCGCAUCAAAGGCCGCAUUCACCGCAGCAAGAGCCUGGACAGCAUGGACCUGCUGGACGCCAACAGUGCAGCGAUGGAGGAAACAGUCAUAUGGGAACAGCACACAGUAACUCUUCACAGGGCCGCAGGAUUUGGGUUUGGCAUUGCCAUCUCAGGUGGGAGAGACAACCCUCAUUUUCAGAGUGGGGAGACCUCCAUUGUAAUAUCUGAUGUGUUGAAAGGAGGUCCUGCAGAAGGGCUGCUACAAGAAAAUGAUAGAGUGGUGAUGGUCAAUGCUGUCUCCAUGGACAAUGUGGAACAUGCCUAUGCUGUGCAGCAACUGCGCAAGAGUGGGAAAAAUGCAAAGAUUACUAUUCGUAGGAAAAGGAAAGUACAGAUGUCCGUUUCGAGGGCAGGGGACAGGGAAACUAUGUCGGAGCAUGAAGAAGAGGAGAGUGAGGAGGAGGAUGGCUACGAGCAACGUGGUCGCGCGGCUCAAAGUGCUUUUGCAGCAAGCGGAGGCACCGGCACUGGCAGACGUCAGGAUCGCGAGCAUAGCAGCAGCGGCAGGCGAGAUCACAGUGCCUCACGGGAGAGGAGCGUCUCACCGCGCUCUGAUCGCAGAUCACAAGCCUCGUCUGCUCCUCCCAGGCCUUCCAAGGUCACACUUGUCAAGUCCCGCAAGAAUGAAGAAUAUGGACUGCGACUAGCGAGUCACAUCUUUGUGAAGGAUAUCUCUCCUGAAAGCCUUGCUGCACGGGAUGGAAACAUCCAGGAGGGAGAUGUUGUACUUAAGAUCAAUGGCACAGUUACAGAGAACCUAUCACUGAUAGAUGCCAAGAAGCUCAUAGAGAGGUCGAAGGGCAAGUUGAAGAUGGUGGUGCAGCGAGAUGAGCGAGCCACGCUGCUUAACAUUCCUGACCUUGAUGACAGCAUCCCCUCAGCCAAUAACUCCGACAGAGACGACAUUUCCGAAAUACUUUCAAUUACAUCAGGCCAUUCAAAUCGGUCCCAUGGGCGAGUCAGUCGAUCGCGGUCACCUGACGGGCCUGAACCAUCGGAACUUCUCCGUCACUCACCUCGACAAAUGAGCAAUGGCAGCCAUCGAAGUCGUGAUGAAGAGCGUAUAUCCAAACCAGGGGCCAUGUCCACACCAGUCAAAAGCUCUGAUGAUGGUGUCUUGUCGCAGACCAGCGACCAGGGCAGCUCCAGAGAUGACAAACUGUUACCUCCACUGCCUGAACCAAAGCCAGUUUACGCACAGCCUGGUCAGCCCGAUGUGGACCUGCCUGUCAGCCCCUCUGAUGCCCCUGUACCUAAUGCAGUUCAUGAUGAUAGUAUUCUCAGGCCGAGUAUGAAGCUGGUGAAGUUCAAGAAGGGAGAGAGUGUGGGCCUGCGGCUAGCAGGAGGAAAUGAUGUGGGAAUUUUUGUGGCAGGAGUUUUGGAAGACAGUCCUGCAGCCAAGGAGGGUCUGGAGGAGGGAGACCAGAUUCUUAGGGUGAACAAUGUGGACUUUGCUAACAUCAUCAGAGAGGAGGCUGUGCUGUUUCUGUUGGAUCUCCCAAGAGGAGAUGAAGUUACUAUUCUGGCUCAGAAAAAGAAGGAUGUGUAUCGGAGGAUAGUGGAAUCGGACGUGGGCGACUCCUUCUACAUUCGCACACAUUUUGAGUAUGAGAAAGAGUCACCUUAUGGGCUGAGCUUCAACAAGGGCGAGGUGUUCCGUGUAGUAGACACCCUGUACAAUGGCAAGUUGGGCUCCUGGCUGGCAAUUCGUAUUGGCAAGAAUCACCAGGAAGUGGAAAGGGGCAUCAUUCCCAACAAGAACAGAGCUGAGCAGCUAUCUAGUGUACAGUACACCCUCCCCAAAACACCAGGGGGCGACAGAGCAGACUUCUGGAGAUUCCGGGGACUGCGAAGCUCCAAGAGGAAUUUACGGAAGAGCAGGGAGGACCUGUCUGCCCAGCCAGUACAGACCAAGUUCCCAGCCUAUGAGAGGGUUGUGCUGAGGGAAGCUGGGUUUCUAAGGCCUGUGGUUAUAUUUGGACCAAUAGCAGACGUGGCCAGAGAAAAACUGGCCAGAGAGGAGCCGGACAUUUUUGAACUAGCAAAAACACAGAAACAACAAGGAGGGGAAAAGAGUGAACCCAGGGAUGCGGGGACUGACCAGAAAAGCUCCGGCAUCAUUCGUCUGCACACAAUUAAACAGAUAAUUGAUCGGGACAAGCAUGCAGUGUUGGACAUCACUCCCAAUGCAGUGGACCGUCUCAACUACGCUCAGUGGUAUCCGAUUGUGGUGUUUCUCAACCCAGACACCAAGCAGGGCAUUAAGAACAUGAGGACCCGCCUCUGCCCUGAUUCAAGGAAGAGUGCCAGAAAGCUCUACGAUCGAGCCCUCAAAUUACGCAAGAACAACCACCACCUAUUCACAACUACCAUUAACUUAAACAGCAUGAAUGAUGGUUGGUUUGGAGCGCUGAAAGAAAUAAUCCAGCAGCAGCAGAACCAGCUGGUGUGGGUGUCGGAGGGCAAGGCUGAUGGUGCAGCUGAAGAUGACUUGGACAUCCAUGACGACCGUCUGUCCUACCUGUCGGCUCCUGGAAGUGAGUAUUCCAUGUAUAGCACCGACAGCCGGCACACCUCCGACUACGAGGACACGGACACCGAGGGUGGGGCCUACACCGACCAGGAGCUGGACGAGACACUGAAUGAUGACGUGGGUCCACCCAAGGAGCCGGCCCUCACCCGUUCCUCCGAGCCUGUCCGUGAGGACCCACCUGUUAUCCAGGAGCCUCCCGGGUAUGCUCCGUAUCCACACACAGUGCAGCCGGACCCCCUGAAUCGCAUCGACCCAGCUGGGUUCAAGACACCAGCGCCACAGCAGAAAGCAGAGGCCGCUGCCAUCCCUAACAUCCCCCAGCAGCCUGAGCCGCUGGCUGAGACAAUACCCCCUGCUGUCGACGUUACUGUAAAAACUGUAGGGGGUCUGAGCCCUGACGAGGCUCCUACAGCUCCCCGCAGCCAGCCAAGCCCCAGUCCAGAGGCUGGCUCAUUUAGGAGGCCCACUCCUGAGCUAAUCCCUCAUAGCGUCACACCAGAACCUCUACUGUCUGGACUGGCCAGUUCCGAACCAAAGAUCUUUCAAAAGGAUCCAUACAGCACAGACACCACAGGCAGAACCAGCCAAGGCAUGAAGCCUGUGACCUACAACACUCAGCAGGGAUUCAAUCCUGACCAGCAGCCGUACAGAGAUUAUGACCACCCGCCCAGUCGGUAUGAUGUCAGCAGUGGAGGUGGUUACCCAGAACCAAAGUAUCGCAACUAUGACUCCAAUCCCCCCUACGAGAACAACGUGCCUCAUUAUGAUCAGCAACAGUGGAACCCCUACGGCCACUCCCUCUCUACUGCCAACUCCCAGAACUACAGUCCCCGUUUGCCAUAUAGUGACGGCCCUGACUCCCAGUACACCCCUCCUCUGCGCUACGACGAACCUCCACCUCAGCAGGGAUUUGAUGGACGGCCUCGCUAUGGCAAACCAGUAGCAUCUGGGCCCAUUCGUUAUGACGAUCCGCCUCCAGCUCCAGGACCUGACAUACACUUUAACCCGGAUUCUCACCUGAGCACAUACCCCUCGGCUGCCCGAACCCCAGACCCAGCUGCUCAGCGGUCAACCCAUAACCAGGGGCCAGCACCACAACAAAAAGGCUACAAACCUCAGCCGUAUGACCCUGCUCCUGUGAACCCCGAAACCAGUCCCAUACCUCCUCCAAAAACGGAGGUCCCCUCACCACCCCCCACGGAUGCCCUGAAGACUGCACCGGCCAGGAGCGAGCAACAAGAAGACGACCCUGCCUUGAGGCCCCAGUCAGUCCUAACCAGGGUCAAGAUGUUCGAGAACAAACGUUCUGUGUCCAUGGACCGAGCCAGAGAUGCAAGUGAUUCAACUGGGAACAGGACAGCAGAUUUACCCUUAAAAGCUGGUGGAGUAAUACCUAAGGCAAAUUCUCUUAGCAACCUAGACCAAGAGAAGACCUUUAGAGCACCAGAGCCUCAGAAACCUCAGUCCAAGGCAGUUGAUGACAUAGUGCGCUCCAACCAUUAUGACCCUGACGAAGACGAAGAUUACUACAGGAAGCAGCUGUCUUACUUUGACAGGCUCCAGACUGGUCCUAACAAACCACAAGCACAAGUAAACAACUACCCCAGAACUGACUCAGUGGACAAACCAGCUCCAGUUGAGAAAAAUUAUGACCCAGUUCCUCAAGUGACUCCAUCUCUGCCACCAGCCACACUGCCCAAGCCUUUGUCUGAAGCCAAGCCUCCUGCCCGUGAGGAUACUAUCCAGACCAACUUCCUGCCUCACAAGAGUUUCCCUGAGAAGUCUCCAGUUAAUGGCACAAGUGAGCAGCCUCCAAAACCAGUUACUAGCACUGGGGCUCCCCCAGCAAGCAGCUACAACCGCUAUGUGCCCAAGCCCUACACCACCUCUGCCAGGCCUUAUGCUCGCAUGUUUGACAGCCCUAAAUUCAACCACAACCUUCUGUCUAAUGACAAGCCUGAAAUUGCUCCAAAGAGCACCAGCCCAGUUAAGCCUCAGAUAUCGCCACAGCCCCAAAACACAGAUCAUGACAGUGGUGUGGACACCUUCACACGCACUAUGGACGGCCGCUCCAAAUACCAGAACAACAACAUGAACACUGUGCCCAAAGCCAUUCCUGUGAGCCCCAGUGCCCUGGAUGAUGAUGAAGAUGAAGACGAGGGCCACACAGUAGUCGCAACAGCUCGGGGGAUCUUUAACUGCAAUGGUGGCGUACUAAGCUCCAUUGAGACAGGUGUCAGCAUAAUUAUCCCCCAGGGUGCAAUCCCUGAGGGCGUGGAGCAGGAGAUCUACUUCAAGGUCUGCCGAGACAACAGCAUCCUACCGCCACUCGACAAGGAGAAAGGAGAGACUCUGCUUAGCCCUCUGGUGAUGUGUGGACCUCACGGUCUCAAGUUUCUGAAGCCUGUGGAGCUGCGCUUACCUCACUGUGCGUCAAUGACCCCUGAUGGUUGGUCUUUUGCUCUAAAAUCCUCCGACUCCUCGUCGGGUGACCCAAAAAGCUGGCAGAACAAGUCGCUCCCCGGGGACCCCAACUACCUGGUGGGAGCCAACUGUGUUUCUGUGCUCAUUGACCACUUUUAAAGACUGGUCUCCAGGCUGAUGCUGAAUGUGGAAGUAUGGUGGAUACAAUGAAGAGGAUAGACACACACACACACACACACGCACACACACACACACACAGAAGCAUGAAGAAGAUCCAGUCAUUGCUGUUUUAGCACCGAUGGAUGAAGGCGUGACACUGAUGAAGGUAACAAUCUGUUCCGUAAACUCUCUCCCGGUUUGAAGUUUUGGCGAUAUGGCAGCAUUGAUGAAGGCCCCAGAGAAUUGACACUACGUAAAAAGCAACGUGUCAUGUAAAUUGUACAUGAAUAUAGAAGGGUGACAUUUGAAGGAUUGUGCAUGUUUCAAAAAUCUUUGUCAGGAUAUUUAUGCUAUAUAUGCCUACAGUAUAUAUAGUAGUAGAGAGAAGAUUUUUUUCAAAUUUAUUCGAGGUCAGUCUUUUUAUUUUCAUUUUCUAAAUAAGUAUGUUUCUCCACGUUUUAACUAAAGGAAAAUCAAUGAUGUUUUAAGACAGACGCGAGGUAAAACUAAACCGGAAGUGGUGACGCUUGCGAGCACCCGUUGAAGGAGUCAGACAAACCUGAGCUGGAUUUAAACUCGAGCAGCACAUAUUUAGAGACGUUCUUCCAUCUUCGCUUCCUUUAUUCUCCCUUUUCUUACAGUAAGACAGUGGCCUGAUAGCUCAGUAUGUAGCAGAAGGUCCCAGGUUAAAGCCGUGCUUCUGGCACCAGGUGUGUCCUUGAGCAAAACACGUCACACCAGCUCCGCUGCCCACUGCUCCCAAAAAAUGCAAAAAUGCAGAUUUAUUUCCCCAAUGCGGGAUCAAUAAAGUUCGAUUAUUAUUAUGAAUCUCCGGUAGCUUACAGAGAAACCACAUCUCUCCUUCCAGCCUGAGGGAGACCUAUGCAUGUCCUUUACUCAGGUCCAGAAGCCUCCUCAGUUCCCUCCUCGCAUUCAUUUCUCUGUCUCCUUUCAUUUUCCUUGCUGAGUGCUCUUGCACUCAUACUCAAAAAAGCAGUAAUGCCUUAACUGCAGAUUAUUCACGUUUCAUAUAAAAAAGCUAAGUUAUGAUAACUUAUGGUUUGUCAUAUGUUUUGCCAUUUCUUAUGAACCCAUUGUACAAUUAAACUUGGGUUUAGUACAGUAACGGUUGGUAAAAAUAACAAAAGGUUUGCUCUUCUUUUAUCUGCUAUGCAUUACUUUUAAAAACAACAAACCAGAGAAGAAGUGGCUGUAAAUAAAGCAAGCAUAUUGCCUUGUUUCUUUUGUUUGUAAAUGAACUUUUUGUAUGUCUUUCUUUUUUGUAUAAAACUUAGAGAAAACAUGUUUGAAAAAGCGGAGGAACGUGAACGCGGUUAUCUUUGUAUUCUGGAUAUACCCUCAAGCCUUGAAACUUAUAACCUGAAAAUAAUAAUCACGUUUUCUACCAGUAUACUCGCACUAUGUUACGUUCACACAAAGCUCUUUUUAUGGCUAUUUAAGGAUCAGUACUUGGGCUAAACACAUUUAAAACAUGUUCUUUUCGAAGGGUGUGCUCUCCAGGUGUCUCCCUCACUGAUUUGUGAUACUGGAUGCUGUAUUGUGUGCCCUUAAAUGUAUUUUUGUACUAAUAGACAAUAUAUUGCGUAUGGCACACCAGUACCAUUAUUUUUAGAUAUAACACAGCUUUUAUUGGAUAUUAGCUCUUCACGUGUGGCUGACUUUUUUUCCUCCUCUGCAACACAAUUUUAAUUAUACCACUGUAUUAAUAAAUAAAAUCAUUUUUAAAAUAAA